AUGGCUGCUGGCGCUGUCACAUCACAUCAAGUCAAUUAUUUGAUAUGGAGAUACUUGCAAGAAUCAGGCUAUGGUGAAGCGGCAAUAAUGCUACAGCGAGCAUGGAACCCCGAUCCUCAAAAAUUGCCUUUUGCUCCGGCAGUCAAGUCCCAUGCCUUAAUUACCUUAAUACAAAAAGGUCUUCAGUAUUUUGACCUCGAACAAUGUAUUGACCAGAAGGGGGGGUCGGUUUCAAGUUCUACCGUUUCAUUUUUUGGUUCAAGUGUGGUUGAACGAAACAUAUCAAAAGUGGUUGAAAAUUUUGAUAAGCCGAAAGAAGUAGUCACCGCAGGCCCUAGUGCAGAUCCUUCUACCACUGCCGCUAGAACUAGCUUAAGAACCGAUGGUAUUAUUAAUGGGCAGCAGAAUAGCGAAGAGGCUGUACCAGAUACUAGAAAAAGCAGUGAAGUUGAAGAUGUUACUAUAGACCAUGCCAAUGCAGACGAAAUGGUAAUGCAGUUGGACAAACCAGAGCAGACCGCGGAACAAUCUCCGGUCAUACAGUCCGUUAUUCCUUCUACUAAGACUCCGAUUGAUGUGGACGGCGAUAUUGGCAUGGUUGAACCGCAAGCACCAGGACCCCAAACACCGACUUUUACCCUGACAUCAGGUCAAAGUGUUGGUGUGCAAAUAUCUCCUGCCAAAGCUGCCGACCUUGCGCCAGAAACAAAUGUGAUGGAUGUUCUAAAAGAUUCCCAUGUCAUGCGGACGUCUUGGCGCCCGAAUGAUCCCCUUUUCUUUGCGGUUGCAAGCGAUGUGUUUUGUGGCUUGUGGAAACUCUCCAGCCAAAGGUCACCCACGCCGCCCACUCACACCACAUUAGUUGCGGGCUCGUGUAUCACUGCUAUGGACUGGGAUUCUAGCGGAGCAAUGCUGGCAGUCGCAACAUACGAUAAAUUUAUGGGCUCCAUCACGAUUUUCAAUAGUGAUGGGGAAGCCAUUGAUUCUAUACCGGAAUCAUCGAGAUUGAUAUCAGCAUUACGAUGGGCUGAAAAAACCCCGCAAAUUGCGAUAGUGACAUCUGACGGUCGCCACUCUGAACUCUCCUUGUGGAACCAUCAAUCACGAGGAGAUUCCCUUUCUCCUGCGCAAGUAAUAAACGGGCCAAUCUACGAUGUUGUCUGGUGUGGUCAGACUCAAAUUUUUGCCAGUGGGGAUGGAUCGGUCUAUCAGUGCAACAUAGAUGGAAAUAUUCAACCCCCAGAAAUCUUUACCUCCGGAGAAGAGCUGGAACCUUGGGCGUUCCUCAAAGUAUCACUACUGAUGGAGACCCCAGUGGCCGUGGUAGCUUCUGCUUCGCCGGCGCAUGUAUGGAUCCCUACUCACGGUAUUCGAAUUGAAUCUGCCCAUCACGGAGACAUCACAGGGCUAGAAAUACGACCUGGCUCUCUUUCUGCAGGCACUCAGAAUGACCCCAACUUUGCAUUUGCCACUUCCUCCAUGGAUUAUACUGUCAAGCUCUGGAAUCUUGAUUUGCCAGCAAAGAAGGUACAUUGUAUACACCGGCUCUUUCUAGGCACAGCGUCUCCCGCUCUGGCUGUCAAUUUUUCCCCAGAUGGAUAUGCUAUCGCUGCCGCGAGUUACAAUAAGCUCGCAAUAUGGAGUGUUGAUCGAUGCGGUGCCCCAAUGGCAACCUGGCAGGGAUCGCACAACGAUGUGAUGGAUGAGUCGAAUCAGGAAGAGCUAGAAACCCAUGUCUCUAACGUUUCUAUGCUCGAUAGGCCGCUAUCUUGGGAUAGUGACGGUAAGAAGAUUGCUCUUGGAUUUGGUAAAAAGCAAUUAUUAAUCUACAGCGAUAACGAUUUUCCUAAUUUCUGCCUGCCUUCUUCUAUUCAACCGGCAGCUUUACUAAGCGCUUUUACUGGGGAAUACCAGACCCCCUUUCACUCCUACUAUAGCUUUGAAGCGAACGCCACUGUCCAGCCGACGCUAGAUACGGUUCGCGAUGUACUCUUGCAGUCUAAAGGUGCCCCGCAGGCACCUAAUAUCGUCCCUGUUUCCGCCUCAAUACCCGCAGACUUACUCACUCCUACUGUGGCAUAUUUAAAAAUAGCUGCAAAGUCGAACCGUUCUUUUUUAUAUGAGAGCGCCGCAACUACAGAGACAAUUGGAAGGUAUAGCUUUGUGGGAGCUGAUCCUAAGCGAGUUCUCACGACUGGGCCCGGUCAUGGCCCAGCAUGCGACCCCUUACCCAUACUGGAACAAGAGUUAUCACAAUUCCGUGUGGCCACAAUUCCCGGUGUACAGCUUCCUCCAAUGGCUGGGGGGGCCAUUGGCUACGUGGGCUAUGAUUGUGUGAGAUAUUUUGAGCCGAAAACGGCGCGGCCGAUGAAAGAUAUCCUUGGAAUACCGGAAUCGUUAUUCAUGUUAUAUGACGCAAUCAUUGCUUUCGAUCACUUUUUCCAGGUUGUCAAGGUAAUAACAUACAUGGCUGUUCCCAAGAAUGAUGGAGAUUUAGAAGCUGCAUAUAACGCUGCCGGGGAGAUCAUCCAAACAGCCAUAAAGACCCUCCUGAAUCCCAAGAUUCCGCUUCCUCCGCAACCUCCAAUAAAGCGCGACCAAGUGUACACUUCAAAUAUUGGGCAAGAGGGAUAUGAGAAUCAUGUCAAGCGCAUGAAGGAGCACAUUGUUAAAGGCGACAUCUUCCAAGCAGUCCCAUCGCAAAGGCUUGCUCGGCCGACCACUUUACACCCUUUUAACUUAUAUCGCCAUCUACGCACAGUUAAUCCGUCGCCGUACCUGUUUUAUAUUGAUUGCGGCGAUUUCCAGAUCGUUGGUGCAAGUCCUGAACUUCUUGUAAAGGAAGAAGGAAGACGAGUCAUCACUCAUCCGAUCGCAGGAACCGUGAAAAGGGGAAAGACGGCCCAAGAAGAUUCCAGACUAGCAGCAGAACUUAGUGGGAGCCUGAAGGAUCGUGCUGAACAUGUCAUGCUGGUGGAUCUUGCCAGAAACGACGUCAACAGAGUUUGUAAUCCGACCACAACUCAAGUUGACCGCCUCAUGGCCGUGGAAAAAUUCUCCCAUGUCCAGCACCUUGUAUCACAGGUAUCUGGUACGCUGCGUGAGGGCCAGACACGCUUCGAUGCCUUUCGUUCCAUCUUUCCUGCUGGAACUGUUAGCGGCGCCCCGAAAGUUCGGGCAAUGGAAUUGAUCGCAGAGAUGGAAGGCGAGAAACGCCACGUAUAUGCUGGUGCUGUUGGCUACUUUGGGUACAAUACUAGUACCCCAGAUGGGCAAAGGGUAGCAGAUGGCACCAUGGACACCUGCAUAGCCCUCAGAACCAUGGUAGUAAAGGACAACGUUGCAUAUUUACAAGCUGGAGGUGGUAUUGUAUUUGACUCUGAUCCAUAUGAGGAGUACGUUGAGACAUUGAACAAACUAGGUGCGAAUAUCCAAUGCAUCAAAGGCGCCGAAGAGAGAUAUCUGGAACUGGAACAGGAAGCCACUUUAUAG